GCCGCGCUCUCAUUGUGUAUGUUUUGUUUCGUUUUGAAAGUAAAAACAUUUUCGUCGGUGAAUGACCUUCGAAGAACUAAUGAUAUAUGGUUCCUAAAAUGAACUUUCGGCGUCUGUUCCAAGACUUUAACCCCAGCAAAUUCCUCUUAUUUCUGAUGCUGUUCGUAUUUUCCAUCCUUCUUGCUCUGAGGCUUGAUGGCACGAUUCGGUGGAGUUAUUGGGCUGUAUUCACACCAGUUUGGAUAUGGAAAAUGAUGGUUAUUUCAGGUGCAAUGACUGGGAUAUGUUUUUGGAUAAAACAUCCAGAGUAUAGAGGUGAAGGAGAAAGCCACGUAGAGUUCAAAGCCAUGAUAAUUUGCCUUAUUCUUCAUUUGCUGCUACUUAUAUUUGAGCUUCUUGUAUGCAUCAACCUUGGAGGGAGGAAUUAUCAAUGGAGGAUCAUGUUUAUGCCUCUGUAUGUCCUUUCAUCGCUGUCAAUCAUAGCUUGUGUAUGGGGAUUUAGACAUGACAGAUCAGUAGAGCUUGAAACUGUGUUUUCAGUGAAUAUAUUGCAGUUCAUAUUCCUUGCUCUAAAGCUAGAUGAUGUCAUCAAGUGGCGCUGGGUGGUGGUGUUUGUUCCCAUGUGGAUCGUGCUGUCGCUAUUAUGUCUGUUAGUUCUCUAUUACGUCAUCUGGUCCAUAAUAUUUGUACGGACGACAGAGGUAUUACCUGCUCAGCGCCAGGGGCAUGUCAUGGUUGCCAUAGCAUCUGUUCUCCUGGUCAUACCACUCCUUACAUUCCAGAUAAUUUUGAGCAAUUGGCUGGACAAAGUCAAUCAGGACAUGUUUGUUGGUGUUAUGGCUCCUCUACAAAUAUCCCUGCUGAGUCUACUGACCACAUCAUUUUACCAUAAGGGCGGAAAUCACUGGUGGUUUGGGAUGAGAAAAGACUUCUGCGAGUAUCUGCUUGGGGCCUGCCCCUGUCUGCAAGAGUAUGGCAAUGUGUCUUACAAAUUCCCUGAAAGUAUGUUUAGCGAACGCCAAGAAGAGACAUCUACAGAUAUGUGCAGAGCACCCCCCGAUUACCAUAUCAAGUCUGUUGUGCCUGUUGUAUCUAUAGAAACACCUGAUUGACAGCUGCUGGAACAUUUAAAACAUUUAUAGCUGAGCAGUGGCCCAGUCUCGUUUGGGGUUACAGUGAAACCUGUUAACUGUAACCCUCAAGCAAAAUGACAAAAUUAAGAAAUGAAGUUGACAGAAAUACAAAUAACGAUAAUUAUUCCCAUUUUGAGUUUGAAUGUUCAAGGCUAGAGACAGUUAGCUGGUUAAUGUUGCAACUCAAAUUGAGGUUUAGCUUUCCCUUUUGAGUUCAUAGAGACAACUAAAGAUUGUCAAGAGUUCGAAUAAGAACGUUCAAGGCUAGAAGACUGUUAGAUAGGCAGUUAGUGUUGCAAUCGAAAUCAAGCCAACAGAAAUUAUUGCUUAAGAACUAAUUGUUUUACGUGGUACUGUAUACUGAAAAUACUGCAAGAAUAUAUACAGUAUCACAUUUGAUUAUGGCUGUUGAGUUUAUGUAUGUGAAAAUUGCAAGGUUGACAAGCAAGGUUGACAAACUCAUUUGAUAUUUCAUGAAUCCAGUAAAGAAAAUCCUUCCCAGAAAAUUGAGCAAACGGAAACCCAUAAAAAAGAGCAUGCAAAAUGGGUGACUUGUGUUUAGAGGUCACGGCAAAUUUAAGCCAAAAUAAUAAAAAAAUGAAAAAGUAUUUCAAUGAAACUAAGCGCUUUCUGACUUAGCAACUUUCUGGCUGUUUCUCAAUAGCUGAAUAAGUUGUGUUUUUGUUGUUGUUACUUUGCUACAGAAACCAGAGUGUGCAAGUUUGCCACCCAAAAAGUCAUCUUUUUUCUCAGUGCAAGUUUCAUAUCUGCUUUCUAAAGGUACAUUAGUACAAUACAAUAGUCUUUAUUAGAAGGUACCAUUAUAACCUUUCCAAGUUUUCUAAGCAAUGGCCCACAGUGGCACUCUAGUAAAAUUUCAAGCCAGCCAAUAAUAUAUGGAGCAGAAAAAACGAUGUUACUUUAUGUCAGAUAUUUUAAAAAUGUUCAUUCUCAUAGAAAGUCAGAUGACUGUUUUACAGAUGAAAUAACACAAAUAUUUUACCAUCAUGCGUUACACUAUGAUAAAAAUACUUCGUGAGUA